CUGGUUACUUCCUGGUUGUUGUUGACGUCUCAGAGUCGUCUCGCAUAUUCGUCUCUCCGGUUAAAGAAACAUUCACUGGAAAUAAACCACACUGAUACUUUGCAGACACAGAGGUGUAGAAAACAAACGCAACAAAACAAAACACCUGUGAGAGGAAGAAGCAUCAAAAGGUGGUGCCAAAUCAUCACCAAUGACCUUAAUGGAGCCUGGAGUGAACCACAUGAAUCUUUAUGAAUAAAAGUGUAAAUGAGUGUUGUACAUCCAUGAGGAGACGCCAUGAGACUUCAGAGACAGCCCUCUUUAAAGACAGAGAUCUUUCAGCCUGAACCAGAAGCUGAAUAUCGGCUAGAUCCUGAGCUCAGCUGUUUGUCCUUGAAAAGCAAAUCUGAACCUCUUCUGUUUAAAGAUGCAUUGCCCUGUUGUGAACAGAGCCUCCAUCAGAGACCACAAUCCUGUGAACCAGAUCCUGGACCUGAUCUGGAACCAAGCUGUGUGUCCUUGAAGAGCAAGGCUGAACCUCUUCUGUUUAAAGAUGAACUCCCCUGUACUGAAGAAAGAGUCGACCUGGAGAGCUCAGAGGAACAAAGUGGUCCGCCUGUACAGCAGGAGCAAACACAACUGGACUCCACAUUUAUGAUGCUGGAGUUGAACAUCAUAACUUUUAUGAAGAAUGAGCUGAAGAAGAUGCAGAAGGUUCUGAGUCCAGAUUACCCAGAAUGCUUAGAGAGCCAGAGGGAGGAUGAGGAGGUGUUGGAUGGUGAGGAUAAAGAGCAGAGGAGGAGCAGCAGAGAAGCGUUUCUGAAGAUCACACUAAACUUCCUGAGGACUAUGAAGGAAGAGAAGCUGGCUGAUUGUCUGCAGAGCAGAUCUCCUGCUAUGUGUCAGCUUAACCUCAAAUCUAAUCUGAAGGAGAAGUUCCAGUGUGUGUUUGAAGGGAUCUCUAAAGCAGGAAACCCAACGCUUCUGAAUCAGAUCUACACAGAGCUCUACAUCACAGAGGGAGGGACUGGAGACGUCAAUGAUGAACAUGAGGUCAGACAGAUUGAAACAGCAUCCAGGAAACCAGACAGACCAGAGAGAACAAUCAGACAAGAGGACAUCUUUAAACCCUCUCCUGGAAGAGAUGAACCAGUCAGAACAGUGAUGACAAAGGGAGUGGCUGGCAUUGGGAAAACAGUCUUAACACAGAAGUUCACUUUGGACUGGGCUGAAGACAAAGCCAACAAGGACAUACAGUUCACAUUUCCAUUCACUUUCAGAGAACUGAACGUGCUGAGAGAGAAAAAGUUGAGCUUGGUGCAACUUGUUCAUCAUUUCUUUAAUGAAACCAAAAAAGCAGGAAUCUGCAGGUUUGAAGAGUACCAGGUCGUAUUCAUCUUUGACGGUCUGGAUGAGUGUCGGCUUCCUCUGGAUUUUCACAACAAUGAGAUCCUGACUGAUGUUACAGAGUCCACCUCAGUGGAUGUGCUGCUGACAAACCUCAUCAGGGGGAAACUGCUUCCCUCUGCUCGCCUCUGGAUAACCACACGACCUGCAGCAGCCAAUCAGAUCCCAGGUGAGUGUGUUGACAUGGCAACAGAAGUCAGAGGGUUCACUGACCCACAGAAGGAGGAGUACUUCAGGAAGAGAUUCACAGAUGAGAAGCUAGCUAAGAAAAUCAUCUCUCACAUCAAGACAUCACGAAGCCUCUACAUCAUGUGCCACAUCCCGGUCUUCUGCUGGAUCACUGCUACAGUUCUGGAGGAUGUGUUGAAAACCAGAGAGGGAGGAGAGCUGCCCAAGACCCUGACUGAGAUGUACAUCCACUUCCUGGUGGUUCAGUCCAAACUGAAGAACGUUAAAUAUGAUGGAGGAUCUGAGACAGAUCAACACUGGAGUCCAGAGAACAGAAAGAUGAUUGAGUCUCUGGGAAAACUGGCUUUUGAGCAGCUACAAAAAGGAAACCUGAUUUUUUAUGAAUCAGACCUGACAGAGUGUGACAUUGAUAUCAAAGCAGCCUCAAAGUACUCAGGGGUGUUCACACAGAUCUUUAAAGAGGAGAGAGGACUGUACCAGGACAAGGUGUUCUGCUUCGUCCAUCUGAGUGUUCAGGAGUUUCUAGCUGCUCUUCAUGUCCAUCUGACCUUCAUCAGCUCUGGAGUCAAUCUGCUGUCAGAAAACAAGUCAACCUUCCAGAAGUCUGAAACAAGAAGCAGUGAAUAUGCACAGACUCACUUCUAUCAGAGUGCUGUGGACAAGGCCUUACAGAGUCCAAAUGGACACUUGGACUUGUUCCUCCGCUUCCUCCUUGGUCUCUCACUGCAGACAAAUCAGACUCUCCUACGAGGUCUGCUGAAACAGACAGGAAGUGACCCAGAGACUGAUCAGGGAACAAUCCAGUACAUCAAGAAGAAGAUCGAGGAGAACCCCUGUCCAGAAAGAAGCAUCAACCUGUUCCACUGUCUGAAUGAACUGAAUGACAGUUCUCUAGUGGAGGACAUCCAACAGUACCUGAGGUCAGGAAGUCUUUCCACAGAUAAACUCUCUCCUGCUCAGUGGUCAGCUCUGGUCUUCAUCUUACUGUCAUCAGAAAAAGAUCUGGAUGUGUUUGACCUGAAGAAAUACUCUGCUUCGGAGGAGGCUCUUCUGAGGCUGCUGCCAGUGGUCAAAGCCUCCAAGAAAGCUUUGCUGAGUGGCUGCAACCUCUCAGGGAGAAGCUGUGAAGCUCUGUCCUCAGUUCUCAGCUCCCAGUCCUCUAGUCUGAGAGAGCUGGACCUGAGUAACAAUGACCUGCAGGAUUCAGGAGUGAAGUUGUUGUUUCCUGGUCUGGAGAGUCAACAAUGUACACUGGAAUCUCUCAGGCUGUCAGGCUGCCUGAUCACAGAGGAAGGCUGUGUCUCUCUGGCCUCAGCUCUGAGUUCCAAUCCCUCCCAUCUGAGAGAGGUGGACCUGAGCUACAAUCACAUAGGGGACUUAGGAGUAAAGCUGCUGUCUCAGGAUCCAUGCUUGAGACUUGACGAUCUCAGAGUUGACCCCAAAGGAGUCCAGUGGUUGCAACCAGGUUUGAGGAAGUAUUUCUGUCAGCUCACACUGGACCCAAACACAGCACACAAAUUCCUCAAACUGUCCGAAAGCAACAAAAAGGUGACCGAUCUGAGGAAAGAGCACCCAUAUCCUUAUCACCCAGACAGAUUUGACUACUGGCCCCAGGUCCUGUGUGAAAAUGGUCUGACUCGUCGCUGUUACUGGGAGGUUGAGUGGGUUGGAAAGGUUUAUAUCGCAGUGAGUUACAGAGGAAUUGGAAGGCAUGGAGACAGUGAUGGCUCUAAGUUUGGAGGGAACGAUCAGUCCUGGUGUCUGACCUGCACUGAUGGGGGAUACAAUGCCUGGCACAACAACAGUGGGACCCCCAUCCCUCUUCCCUCCCCCUCGUGUGUCUCUAACAGAGUAGGAGUGUAUGUGGACUGUCCUGCUGGGAUUCUGUCCUUCUACAGAGUCUCCUCCGACACAUUGAUCCACCUCCACACUUUCAACGCCACAUUCACUGAACCUCUUCAUCCUGGGUUUGGGUACGGGGUGAAGUUAAACUCCUCAGCAUUUCUGUGCCCACUGUAGACCAGGACCAGUUGUAGCCAGAAAUCUUAAUGUGGUUCCAUUAAGACAGGGACACAAAUAACGACUGUUGAGCCGAGAAUAAAUAUGAUUUGGGCGUGAUGAUUGAUGGGACCAUAUUGGACACAAAAUCAUAUGGAGUGUGGUAUGUUAAGAUUCUAUUGAUCUGAUCUGAGCUCUGAGAACCCCCUUUGGAGUCACGUUUGAUGUAGACUGUCUUUUCUGGACCCUCUAGAUGACCUGGAGAAGAGAUGAUGUAAGUCCAAUGUUUACAUAUCUUAAACCUGCUAACGAUUAAUGCGCUACAGUAGAAAAGUUUUUGAUGGUAGAAAAAUACGUUGGCAUUUUUUUUUUCUGCCAUAUGACUUAACUUGGAAGUCUGCACUAUACUUAAAUUUAUAUUAAGUGGAUGAUAUAGUAGUGUUCAGUUCAAUGAACAGUGCCUCCAGUGGUCAGUGAGUAACUGCAACAUAUUAGCUGACAGUAUGUUACUUAAACUUGACAUUACGCCUCUGUUUGCAGUCAAUAAGUGUUUCCUUGUGUUGCAUGUUUGUUAACUUUUGUGAUAUGAGUAAAAGAACAAGUAAAUACAAUGUACCUCACUAGUGUUAAUGAAGCUAUUUUGAUUACUGAUAAAUGUAAUUGUAACUCAGUUGGCAGAUGACUUCAUUAUACUCCCCAAGAGUUUAUAUUCCUGUUAGUUAUUAAAUAUUAAUGUAAAUUUAAAUAUAUACUGGCAAUUUACUUUGAGUUUUACAUCUAAGUCCAUUUUACACCCAAGAUCUCUUGUGUUAGUCAUGGGUACAACUUGUACUACAUGUCCUGGACAAAUAAAGAUAUAUAAAAAAAGAA